AUGAGUCGACAAUCACAUUCUUUUAAAGCUUCUUUAUCUACCGCAGCUAAAUAUAAUAUUCUCAUCAAAAACCAGCAGAAGCCGAAAAAAAUAGUAGGCUCACCUGUAACUAACAAAUUCUUUAAAUCUAGUAUUUCAUCUUUGCCUCUCAAACCAAUUAUGAAUAAAUCAACUAAUAAAUCAAUACAAUUGAAUAAAAAUGAAGUAAAUCAUAAUGGAAUUAUUUAUUCAGAAGAUGUAAGUCGUAAAAAAUUGAAACUUGAUGAAAAUCGUAGAAAAAAGAGAUAUUCUGCUUCAAACAGUAAUGAAGACUUUUUAGAAAAUUUAAAGAAAAAUUUUGAUAAAGAAUCUAUGAGUCAACCUGUAUUGGAAAAAGAUAUUCAGAUCAAACACAAAUUACCACGUAGAAAAAAACCGUUAUUUAAUGAUGAGAGUUUGAAUUUGAUGGACAAUUUUAAAAAAUAUUUUAAAAGUAAUAUUUUACAAGAUUUAUCUGAUAAAACAAUUUCGGGCAUGUCAAAUAUAAAUAAAUCCAACACAACAGGAAAUCAAGAAAAUGUUGAUUAUCAAAUCGAUACACCUGAAAAAAAUCACAAUUCCUUUGGUUUUCAUUAUCACACUCCAUCCAGUGAAACGGAAAUGCAAAAUAUGUUUUCACCUUUACGAACAUCUGACUCAUCAUUUAGAAGUAAAACAUCAAUGUCGGAAAAUAUGAUCGACCAUACAGAUCAAUUAAGCAGUCCAGAACUUCCUCAGGUCGAUAUUUUGAGUUUUCAAUAUGCUCAUCAUUCUGGUGAACACAAUGUUAAAAAUUCGAAUUUUCUAUCAUACUUUAAAUGA